AUUCUCCUUCCCUUCAUCGCUCUUUCCUUUCCAUCAAUCUUGAAAUAAGGAAUGCUAAGCUCGCUGUUUCUACUUCUCUCUCAAGCUCUUGUAAUCAUAUUCGUGGUUUCGGUUCAAUCGCAGCUGCUCUGCUUGAUGCCAAACUGACAAUGAGAUGACAAACUGGUAAAAGGAUUGGAGAAACCGGAGCUCUGUUUACUAUUUACUACUCCAUCAUUACACUUGAAUCUAGGUGAUAAGCUUUGGCCUCCAUCAGAAUCCUUAAGAUCUGUCAAAAAUUUGAUGCUUCAAUGAGAAAUGGUAGUCAGUAUUCGGGGGGUGUAUCUUCCUGCUGCUCAGAAUUCCAAGAUAAGGUUAAAAAGAGAGCUGUGGUAGGAAAAGGCCACCCAAGUAGAAAUGGAGGGAAACGGAAAGGACAAGGAAUAUGAUUUGGAUAAGAUCACCGAUACUCUAGCUCCAGAAGACUCUACUGUUGGAGGCCUGCUUGUUCCAGGGAAGGAUAGAGUGGUUUUUAGACCACUUAAAAAAUCAGUUUUAGGACUAGACAUGCUUGCCAAUGCAAAGCGAAUGGAGUCAAAGGUUGAUGGUUCAUUUAAAAAACCAAAAGAAAGAGUUGCUUCCAUUGCUUCAUCACUAGACGAAGGUGAGGAUUUGCCUGCUUCUUCAGGAAUAACUGAUGUGGAGAAUGUCACCUCUAGUAAUUUACGGAGUUACAGCAAUAGGAAAUACCGUGAAUCAGCUUCAAACGAGACUUCUAAUUUAGGAAGUGUUGUUACUGGAGAAGCAAAUGCAGUUGAAGCAUCCCCCCGGCAUCAUUCAGAUAGACAUAUGAAUGUGCGAACUGAAUCUGUUGAAAGUUCAAGGAGUAGGAGUCCUAGUUCUGAUUAUGCCAGAAGUGAUAGAGAUCGAAGUAAAUAUGAUGGGCACUACAGAAGCUCUGACAGGGAAGGGAGGACCCCUAGAGAUAGAUAUGGCUCUGACCGGGAAGGGAGGACCCCUAGAGAUAGAUAUGGCUCUGACCGGGAAGGGAGGACCCCUAGGGAUAGAUAUGGCUAUGACAGGGAAGGGAUGACCCCAAGAGAGUCCUCUCGUGGUCAAGAAAAAGAACAUGGUGGAGACUAUGGGAGAAAAAGAGGUAGAUACGACAGGUCCAUGAGAACACCUGGCAGGUCUGACUGGGAUGAUGGAAGAUGGGAGUGGGAAGAAUCCCCGCGUCGUGAUGGUCACAAUUCUAGCAGCAGACAUUAUCGGCCUUCUCCAUCCCCCAUGCUUGUUGGGGCCUCACCUGAUGCUCGGCUUGUUUCUCCAUGGUUGGGAGGGCGUACUCCUAAUUCUUCAGCUGCAUCUCCUUGGGAUAGCUAUGCUCCUUCCCCUACUCCAAUUCGGGCAUCUGGGGUAUCUCUUAGGUCUGCAAGUUCCCGAUAUGGUGGGAGAUCCAAUCAGGCUGACCCUAAGGAUGGCGAAACUGAACCAGAAAGUACAUCUGAAGACCAGAAUCAUGAGAUAACAGAAAGUAUGCGUUUAGAGAUGGAAUACAACUCUGAUCGUGCAUGGUACGAUCGAGAAGAAGGCGGCACUGUUUAUGACGCUGAUAGCUCCUCUGCUUUUCUCGGUGACGAGGCGUCUUUCCAGAAAAAAGAAGCAGAGUUGGCUAAGAGGCUGGUGAGAAGAGAUGGGACUAAGAUGACUCUUGCACAGAGCAAAAAACUUUCGCAGCUAACUGCUGAUAAUGCUCAGUGGGAGGAUAGACAACUUAUGAGAUCAGGUGCUGUCAGAGGAACUGAAGUGCAGACAGAGUUUGAUGAUGAGGAAGAACGAAAGGUUAUUCUUCUUGUGCAUGAUACAAAACCCCCUUUUCUCGAUGGGAGAAUUGUUUUCACAAAGCAAGCUGAGCCUGUUAUGCCAUUGAAAGACCCCACGUCCGAUAUGGCUAUAAUAUCACGGAAGGGCUCCAAUCUGGUCAGGGAAAUUCGUGAAAAACAAAGCAUGAAUAAGUCCAGACAACGGUUUUGGGAGCUUGCUGGUUCUAAUCUUGGCAAUAUUCUUGGUGUUGAGAAAACUGCCGAACAGGUUGACGCAGAUACUGCUGAAGUUGGCGAACAAGGUGAAAUUGAUUUCAAACAGGAUGCAAAAUUUGCACAACAUUUAAAAAAAGGAGAGGGAGUCAGUGAUUUCGCUAAGUCAAAAACGUUAGCGCAACAGCGACAAUAUUUGCCCAUCUUUUCUAUACGAGAAGAGUUACUGCAGGUAAUCCGCGAAAACCAAGUGAUCGUAGUGGUUGGUGAAACUGGUUCAGGAAAGACAACACAACUAACACAGUAUCUUCACGAAGAUGGAUACACAAACAAUGGCAUUGUUGGUUGCACACAACCAAGGCGUGUGGCCGCCAUGAGUGUUGCAAAAAGAGUCAGUGAAGAGAUGGAAACUGAACUUGGUGAUAAAGUUGGAUAUGCCAUACGUUUUGAGGAUGUCACCGGGCCUAACACUGUUAUUAAGUACAUGACUGACGGUGUGUUGCUGAGGGAGACACUAAAAGAUGGAGGAGGAGAUGGAGAGUUUGAGGAAGGUACAAGAGGAUAA